AAACUCCCAUUGUCAAAGCCAACAACCGAGACCUCUCUUACAUCCUCCUGAUCUCCCUCUUGCUUUGUUUUCUGUCCUCCUUUCUUUUCAUUGGCCAGCCAAGGAAAGCCACUUGUUUUCUCCGGCAAACAAUGUUCAGCAUUGUCUUCUCAGUAGCUGUGUCUUCUGUGUUGGCCAAAACAAUCAUGGUGGUGCUGGCUUUCCUGGCCUCAAAACCAGGAAACAAGAUGAGAAGAUGGUUAGGAAAGACCUUGGCCAACACUAUCAUCCUUUCUUGUUCUGGUGUCCAAAUUUUCAUUUGUGUCAUGUGGCUGGGAAUUUCCCCCCCAUUCCCUGAUUCUGACAUGCACUCUCAGCCUGGAAAAAUCAUCCUUCAAUGCAAUGAAGGCUCUGUUACCAUGUUUUAUAUUGUCCUCGCCUACAUGGGUUUCCUUGCUAUCAUUUGCUUCGUGGUGGCUUUCUUGGCCAGAAACCUGCCUGGGGCCUUCAAUGAAGCCAAACUGAUCACUUUCAGCAUGCUGAACAGGAGCAAGACUUCUUCCUCUGAAUGUCGACGGAUUUUGAAAGCUGCAGGUGCCCCUGCUGCUUUCAGUGGAUUUAGCAGUUUGAUGGAUCUCUUCCCCUUGGGAAGGAAAUUGCUCUUAGUGACCUGUGGACAGAAGACCUGUAAAGGCUGA